UUACUAUUAUUUUUAGAAGACAAUAAUAAUUAUUACUAUUAUUAUUAUCGCGUUAUCGGUGUACAUAAUAUUACUAUCGUCGUCGUGGUUUUCGGCGUUUAUUUUCGAUUUCGCUCUCAGUCGUCGAGGUGCCGUGUAUGACGUUCAAACGUCGAUCGCAGUCGCUCGUAACACCGUAACCGGUGUACGCUUAAACGCACACAGCAACGUUCGUCGCCCACCGUACGCCGACACGACAACAGUAGACGUGUUUUAGCCGUCGACCGCGAACCGUGUGUGCGCGUCCGCAUUCCGCUGCGCCCGUAUAAGUGUCGGUCACAGCCGUCGUCGUCCAUUGUUUCGGAUCGGUGACGACGCUGGUCACAAGCGUCGAGAACCGAACAAAUACCUCAGCCGUCCGCCGUUCCACGAACUGACGACGUUUGGUGCAGUUGUCUUUGUGUGUAUCGAUUAUGGCGGCAGCUGCCGUCGCCGCCGCCACUACCUCUGUCGCUGCGGUCUCAACGCGACGGGCCGUCGUCGACGCCGCCGCCACCGCCGCUGUCGUAGUUCGUCGUCACCGUUGCCGCCACAACGUUCCCGCGCCGACAUUAGCGACGCCACGUUUGCGCCACCAAUAAGAAGCUACACGAAGACGUUUGUUUGCGAGCCAGUCUUUCGACGCCAUCGUCCGAACGACCGCCACUUUCCGCACCGCCGAGUAAACCGCGUUUUCCGCCGUUUCCGAGCCACCGUCCAGCGGUACCUUGCCCGAGAUACCUUCAUGUUUAACGAAAACUGUGACAUCAAUCAUAUCAAAUGCCAUAUGAGCCACUUGUUUUGUUACAUAGACUUGCGCCUGAAGACGUAAAUCACUUGAUCCGACAAAAUCCUCCUCCACCUACUAUUACCAACCAACCACAUAUGGGAAAUUUUAUUUCUAAUAGAAAUGCCCAUACAUUUCAAAACAAUGAAGGGAUCAACACUCAAUCACUGGAGAAGGACAUAGUCGUGAAAAAAAGUAAUUUGCCUUUAGAGAAAAAACCAAAAUUGACUUGUGCUCGUUCAUCACCUAAAUUACGAGUUCUUAAAUCUAAUUUAAAUAGCGUAAAUCAUGAUAAACUAGAACAAGCUAAAUUUUCUAAAGAACAAAAAAGCGCAAAGAGUUUUAAAGGAGAAUUAUCAUUUGCUGAAAAAUCUAAAAUUUUAACAAGUGAUCUUUUCAAAAAAGAAUUAGUUGUAGUUAUUGAUAAUUGCUUCGAUGACGUGAUUAGAGAAAUGGUAAAUAGUGCAGCCCAACACACGAAAAUACGAAACCCUUCUAAUUCAACUGUAGUCAGCAAUUCCACUAGUAAUAAUUCUGUAGCUUCGACUAGAGACUCGGCAGCUGGAAAAGAACACAUCACCAAUGACGCUAUUAUGAUAACAAAUACAAAAUCUUCACCAUCUACAAUAACUCAUGUUACAGAGGUGAUUGACAAAAAAACAAAAGAUAUUUUAUUAAAUGGACAGCAGCACACAACUGUUGAGGAACAUGAAAAGCAGACAAAUUGUGACAAGGUUCAUUAUGAUUCAUCAGGCCUCAGUUUACGCACGAGGACUAUAUCAUCAACAGUAGCACCUACACCAUUGCACCAUUCAACUGUUUCUGGAUCAAAUUCUGCACAACCUAAUUGUUCUACUUCAUCAAUUACUACUCCUACUCCUAGACGUCGUGGUCGACCUCCAAGACGAAAAAAUCUCAAACGUAUUGCUGAUAAAAAAGCACAGCAACAAGCGGCUAGUAAACUGUCAGAAGAGAGUAAAGUCUGUGAUUUAACCACAUCAACUACUGAAGUAGAAUCAGCAGCAAUUGGUUUGGAACGUUUGCAGCAAAAACAAAAGUUAAUAAAUGAAUGUAACGGUAUUAAAAGUUAUGACAAUGACCAAGUAAAUAGUGAAAAGAUUGUCCCCUACAUUAAAGCUGUUACAGAUAAUACGCAUUCAGUAAUAUCACCAGAAAUUGAUAAAAAUGAAGAUUGUGUUAUUGUAGAAACAUCACUUAAAAAGAAAAGUAAUAGUCGUAAAAGGAAACAACAAGAUAUUGAAGAAACUGUUGCUGAAAAGCGUAUCCUUAAGUCUGAUGAUUCUAAAGAUUUAUUAGUUGAAAAAAAUGAAAUAGAGAAAUCUUCACUGCCAGAUAAAUCAGACUCUGAUGUGGUCAAAUACGGUUUCUUAGCUGGUUGUAAUAUUUUUGAACCUUACAGACAAUAUACUGGUUUGAAGUCAUCCUCUUCAAAUUGUCAUUCAAUUUUAUAUGGUCGCACUUAUUGGCCAACAAGUUGGGAAUAUUCAGCAACAUCUCUCACAGGUCAUGUUCAAAAAAAAACAUCUAAAGAAGCGUUACGUAAAAUAAGAUUAAUUUCUGGGGGAGCCAUCAGUAAAUCUAACAAUAGUAUGGUAUCAACAUCAUUAAAAACAAAUUCUGCAUUAAAAAAGUAUCAAACAUCAGUUGUGCAAAGACGUGGCAGUGCUUGUAAAUCAACAGCAAUAGCUCCUGUUGAAGUGUCAGGUAGUGCAAGACAUCUUUCAACGUCAACAACUACUGUGAAACGACAAAAAGGUCGACCUCCUGGUAAAAAAAACAAGCUAUUGCAAGCUGUUAUAAAAUCUAACAGUCCACGGAAGUCACCUCGUCAACAUGCAUCUACAUUAGCUGCAAUUCUGUCAAGUAAAGCUGGAAAACUUGAUAAAGUCGAAAAUCAACAGCCUGAUAAUCUAGAGGCGGAUGUAGAAACAAACCAAAAUUCUUUAGACAUGGAUGUUCCAUGUUUAUUGAAGAUGUCUAUGCAUAAUUAUGAACCCAUGUCAGCAUUUCGUCAUCAUAGACAUCGUCGACAAUUAGAUAACAAACGUAUCAUUAAACGUCGUCGUCGUCGCCGUCGUUCAACUACUCCACCUCCUCCUAAAUUGUGUGCUCAACAACCAGCUCCUCAGCGAAUUUCUAUGAAUACAGCUAUAGAUCAAGAAAGAGUGAAAUUGCGUACUAAACAUGUGGAUGUAGUAAGGAGACGAGCACGGGAUGAGAGAUUACGUGCAUCUUUUGUAUGUCAACAAUUACUCAAAGUACAAGAAAUAGCUGAACAAAACCGUCGCAAAAUAGCCCAAGAGAUUAUACCAACUAAUGAUGAAAAUAAAGAAGACUACCAGUUCUCAAAUAAUGCAAUAAUAUUACCACUUGAAAGUGAUCAAGACCAAAUUUGGUCUCAAAUUACUGAUAAUAACCGAGAACCUGAUAAUAUGUGUUUACAAAUAAUGUAUGAACAAACUGCUGACAAGAGGUUUUUAUAUACUAAUUUAACAGAUGAAACUUUGCAAAUGUAUUAUCAACAACGUGAAUUAGCUCUGACUGAACGUUUAACAAACAAUUAUGGUGAAACUUUGUCUUCCGAUUUAUGUACAGACAUGAUAACAGCAUCGAACAAGCGAAAGAAAAAACGGCCAAAUAUGACUGGUUGGCCAAAAGAAAAACGUCGAAAAAUUAUAGCUAUUACAUCAUCUUUAAAUACAGCUGCAGAAGAUCAAAAUGAUGAUAGUGAUGCAGAGAGAGAUGAUAUUGCUAAACGCCGAAGAGCGGUAGCAGCAGAACAACAGAGGCUCAGACGUAAACGUAUAAAAUUAGAGCAGCAGCAGUUACUCAAAGAAAAAUCCAAGGUUAAGGUGAGAGCCACUUCGCCUAAGCAAAGAGGUCGAAGACCAGGGCGCCCAGGUCGUCCAGGUCGUCCAGGUCGACGUCCUGGCCCUAUUAAAAAAAAUAAAACUCCAAUACAUCGUAACAAUAGUGUGAGUAGUAAUGGUACAUCAGCAAGUAGCAAUACCAGUAGUACUACCACUAUUAAAGUAAAAAAAGUUAGAAAACCAAGAAAACAACGUAUACCUGCUCAAAAUAAAACUGCAGCAAUAGUAUCAGUAACAACUGACACACCAAGUACGGUUGUAAAACGAAGGUGUGGAAGACCUGUAGGAAGUAUUGGUCGAAGACAAAGAUUAAAAUUACAGAUGUUACAACAGCAUUGUCAAAACCAAACAUCAUCGUCUUCUGAACAGCAAAAAGAAAAUGUCCAGCAACAGUCUAGUACAGGUAAAUUGAAAUGUGUGAUAUCAACACGUAAUAAUCGUAUGAAAUUAUUGUCAACCUCUGGUAGAAGUCCUGCAGCAUCAAGUCAAAAGAAAACGACAGUAAGCAAAACUAAGAAGUCAGGUGCUGCGUAUAAUUUAACAUCUUCGUGUUUAACAUCACUGCCAUCAUCACAGGUGACAGUGGUAGGUAAAAUUACCAGAACAACGACCAAAAGAAAAAGACUUCAACAGCAUCAACAAACAGCUACAACUACAGUUACAUGGGAUGUUGGAAGACCCAAAAGAUAUCAUUCAACCAACAACCAUAGUAGGAAUACUAGUAGUGUGGUUGUAGAAGAAGAUUGUUGUUUUGUUGGAUCACAACCAUUUGAACAACAUUGUCCAGGUGGUGGAGGUGGCUUAAGUCAUAAUACUGUGCUUGAAAAUCAUCAAGAUAACCAAAAAGAAAACACAGUACACAGUGGUUUAUAGUAGAUACUACAGCAAUUGUUCAUUAUUAUUAUUUAUAUUUUUUAUUAAUUAUUAAAAUUAUUUUUUUUUCUUACCAAAUGUUUGUAUAAAAUUAGAAUUAUUAUUAUUAGAUAAAACUGUACACAAAAACAUGUAUUCUCUUAGUACAUAAUAUAUAAUUUCUAGCCAAAUUUUUACCCAAAUAAAUUUUAUACUUCUGUAUAAAU